AUACUAUUUAUUCCAUUUUUUGAAUGAAAGUAUCUUCGUAAACACACAAAAUAUUUUGUGACGUUGCAAUUAUACAUACACACAAUAUCUGCCUCUUCAUACUGACGUUACUGUGUUCCCUCUCGUGAGGUACGGACCGAGAGAGAACACAGGGUGCGCACCGAUCAUGUUCUUAUGCCCGCACACGGUUACCUAGUAACUAUUAUAUACAUCGAAUAUAUUUGCUUGACACACAAUUCUGUAUGACCUCUAUAUGGGAAUUUAUAUUGAAUACUAAACAAACUUUGGCUCCAAGUUAUUGCCCAAAAAAUCACUGUAACUAAGGAAAGAAAUAAUUAUUAGGUUGCGCGACGGUUAAAGCUAUUAUACCUUCACCUUAACCAAACUAAUAAUCUUAUAUAAAUUAUUGGUUGUACUCGAACGAUAUCAUCAUCAUUCGAUGUAAUCAUAUGUCUAUCGGCGACAACAUUUUGAUGUAUAAUAAUUUACAUAAAACUAUACUACUAUAGUUUGAUUUGGUAACACUGUAUAAACUGAAUAGAUGUUAUUUCUAGAAACCGUGGUAUAUAGAUAUGGUUUCAGUAUAUAAAUUGAUCAAACCAUAUAAACCGAAUAAACUGAUUAAUUAAAAUAUAGUAGUAUAGUUUUAUGUAAAUUACAUAAUAUAAUUAUAUACAUGUAUUUAUUUUAUUUAUAUGAUCUUGAUAUUUAAGACGUUAAUUUGAAUAAUUACAUUUGUCUUAAAUUUAGUAUAUUACUAAUCAUUUUUAUUUUCUUCUUAUGAAUCUAUAAUAACUAUAAAUUAUUUAACAAUUAUUUUUAAUAGUUAAAUAUAAUAGAAAAACAUUCUAUUUAAAAUUAUAGUAGUAUUUAAUAAAAUUGAUUUUUAAUCAUACAAAAUUAAAUUGACAAAAUGUAAUAAAAGAUAAAUAUAGUUUAAGUUUUUUUGGUAUAAACCAAAAACCGACAAUAUAUAAACCGAACAAAACCAAAAUAAAUAUGAUUUUAAAAUGGCAUCUAAUUUUAUAAACCAAAAUAUCGAAAAAACAAACCAGGCUAGACUAAAAUUGAAUAAACAAAAAACCAACAGUAUAUAAAUUAAACCAAACCAAAACAGAUAUGAUAUUAAUAUGGUAUCUAAUUUUUAUAAACCAAAAUAUCAAAAAACUGAGCCGAGACCAGACCAAAAUCUGGAUUAAACAACCCAACUUUGAAUAUAUGAUAUUUAUGCAUAUUUUACCUCACACGAAGCGUGAAUCUUAUCCUAGUUUAAAAAAACCGGGAAACAGCACUCGAAAUGGUCAAUGACUACCCGACUCUUAGACCAGGUGCAAUGGCCUGUUGAAAAUAUUAAUUCAACGGUUGACCAGAUGCAGUGGUGUGUUUAAUCAUACGUUUAAAAUGACCUGGCACACAACUAGCUGAAAAAAAUAAACAGAGAGACAGUCCGAUGUGGCGUAGUUCCAUUGGUCAAAGAGAAAGUGGUUCUGGCGAUUUUUAUUUGAUUGGUUGUGUUUUAGUUUUUUUUUUCUUUCCUACAUUAUUUGAUUCAAUUAUUGUAUAAUAAAAUAUUUAUUAAAUUAUAUCAAAAUUUAUCAUUUUCAUACUCUAUAAACAGAGACUUGUUUCAUUAGAUUUGGACACAAAAAAAAUCAUCUUUAGCCUCUCAUAACUCUAGUUUCAAUAUUUUUCUAUCUUCUUUGAAAAAAUGGAUCCCAACCAAAACCCUUCUAAUAAUAUCCAAAACCCUUCAAACAACCCUUUUAACUAUCCGAAUCCCAACAACUAUCCAUUCCAAAAUCUGUUUCCUAACCCUAACCAACCCCAAAACAUACCAAAUUAUGGUUUUCCACCAGUUUUUUUCAUGUUGUCGGUUGUUCCAAACUAUCAUCCAUAUUACGGUUCGCCGAUGUCAUAUUCAUCUCAACCACCCACUUAUUCUUCUACUCCGACGGAUAAGGAAAUUGCUUCGAAUGUUGGAGCAACUGAAUUUCCCGAGUUUUCUACACAAAUAAUUCUUGGUGGUAUAAGUGGGGUUAAUGAAGCAACUCUUGGUGCAGACAGUUUAACCCCUGCUACCCAAAAAGCGUCAAAUGGACAACUGAGCAAAAUUUGGUGCUACUGCGUGGGUGGAUCAUAUAAGGAACAGACACCGUUGUUGGCAUAAACCAGAAAAGUGAAUCGUUUUGCGGCAAAAUUGUUGAGUAUUGUAAUGAGCAUUGCUCAUUUCAUCCUCCGCGUGGUGGAGUUUCAUGCAUCAAUCAUUACAACUGCAUGAACCAAAAAUUGUCAAAAUGGAUUGGCGCUUACGAUAACGCUAAGCGUAUGCAACAAAGUGGGUGGUCGGAGCAAGAUGUAUUGGCGAAAGCACAAGAAAUCUAUUCAAGUGGUGGUACCGGGAAUUUCAAUUUAAUGAAAGAAUGGAUCGAUGUCCGUGAUCAACCACGUUAUGGUAGUCAAGUUGGAGGGAAUAGUGGCUCUAAAAGCAGUGGAUCUAAGAGAGCCCACGAUAGUGAUGCUAGUGAAUCCAACUCUGUAGGAUCCACUGCUCGUCCAAUGGGAAGGGAUGCAGCAAAGAAAAAAGCUAAAAAGAAAGGCAAGGGCGUAGCCUUGGAAGUGGUCAACGAAGAUUUUACUGAAUUCAAACAAAUCAAGGCUCAAGAGUUUGAACGCUUGGAACAACUAGCCAUGUUGCAAGAGGAGGCAAACCAAAGGCGAAAAGAGGCAAUCCAAAGACAAGUGGAGGCAAACCAAAGGCAAGAUGAGACAAACCAAUUGAUGAAAGAAAAAACUCGGGCUAAGAAGAUGAAAAUGUGGUUGAUAGCUAAGUGAAAAAGAACAUCUCAAUGACAAGAGCAAAGACAUGUUCCAACAGUUGAGCGAUGAAUUAUUUGGAAAUUAAUUGUGGUCAAAAGUGGUUGUCUGCAUCAUACCACAUCCAUGCUUAUCUGCAUCAUACCACUCUAUGCUUGUCUGUGUCAUGGCACUCCACGCCUUCAUAAUAGUUUUUUUGUCAUUCUCUCCUUUAAUAAUGUUGUUGUCAGUUGAUGCUCUAAUAAUAUAUUGUCUUGUUAUGCUUUAAUAAUAUAAAAUCUUAUCCUCCAACCACUCAACAUGAUUUUUAAGCGCCCGUGACUUUAAAUGGCAUAACCUUAUCUUGCAACCACUCAACAUGAUUCAAUAAUGUUGUUCAGAGCCCGUGACUUUUCCAUCAAUGUUAUCCGUCAAUUUCGGCUUUAAAUAGCAUAGCCUUAUCUUGCAAUCACUCAACAUGAUUCAAUAAUGCUUUUAAGUGCCCAUGACUUUUCCAUCAAUUUUAUCUUCUAGCCACUCAGUGUGAUUUAAUAAUAUUGUCAAGUGCUUGUGACUUUUUCUUUAAUGUAAGAAUCUUAUCCUCCAACCACUCAAUAUGAUCCAUCGGUUUCAUUGUCUUAUAAAUAUGGACUCAUUCUUUCAUUGAUGUAUCAAUACCACAAUGGAUCCAUCAGAAAUUCCUUUUGAUAUGGAUCCAUCAGAACUUCUUCUUGAUAUUGAAGCUUGCAAAAGACAAUCUGAAAUUGAAGAAAGGUAUAUUCUCAGCCAGUUUAGGGAGCGUCGAAAGAAAAUAGAGGAAGACUAUCCAUUUCGUAGCAAGAGAAGAUACCACAAGAGAGAUCAUUUGCGUGAUUCAAACGUGCAUCACGAAUUGCAAGCAGAUCUAGUUAAACACAUAUGGCAAAAAUUCAGAAUGUUCCGUGGUUAAGAAUAUUUCUAAGUUAGUGAGUUAAGUUUAUUGUACUAAUUAUGCUAUGUGUGUUUUAUUAUUUGUGUUGUAUUCUUAUUAAUGUAUUGUAUUGAAAUUUAAGUUUUUGUAAUUCUAUUUUUUUAAUUAAUAGCUCUUUAUAUUUUUUAUAUUUAAUAAUUGAUAUUUUAUUGAAAUUAUAAAAUUAAACAUAAAUUAAUUAAUCAUUUAUAUAGCUUUUAAAUAUUGCAAUUUAAUUUAAACUAAUAAUUAUUAUUAAUAUGUAAUCACAAAAUAAAAGAUGUAAAACAAAACAAAAAUAUGGAAAAUAAAAAUGAUAGGGUAUGGUGUUGAAUUUUAUUAAACAAACCAUUGUAGAGUAUAGAAAAUGAGUGGGUGUUAAAUUAUUAAGUGAAAGAGAUAUAAACUGAUGUGGAAGAAAGAGAAGAUGAUGUGGAGGGUGUUGUGUGUUGAAUCUAUUGUAUAUAGUCUUAAGGAGGCUUAUUGUAUGAAUAAAAUUUAGGUUAAAUUCAUCACAUCUCCUAUGACCAAUCAAAUUGCCACAUAAAUAAAUAACUAAAAAAUAUUUUUUAAAAAAGAAAUUCUAAAAUAAUAAAAAAAUAAUUACGCUAAUUUUAACGACGUUAACACCCCUAACAAAAUCCUAAAUCUAAACCCUAACCCCUAAAC